UCAGGCAGGAGUUGGUCGCCCCUAUGACGUAACUCAGGUCCCUUCAGUGCACCAUGGCGGCCACCGGCACGAAAUCGGUUCUGUUCGUUUGCCUGGGGAACAUUUGCAGGUCCCCCAUUGCCGAAGCUGUGUUUAGGAAGAUGGCAACAGACGCUGGGUUGGUUGAUAAGUGGCUCAUAGACAGUGGCGCCACAUCUGACUGGAAUACAGGCAGCUCACCGGAUUCCCGAGGCCUGGCUUGCCUGAGGAAGUAUGGCAUUGAGACAAGCCAUAGGGCCCGACAGGUGACCAAAGAUGACUUCAUGAGCUUCGACUACAUACUCUGCAUGGACGAGAGCAACCUGAGUGACUUGAAGAAGAAGGCCAAUUCUGUGAAAAACUGCAAAGCCAAAAUCGAGCUUCUCGGUUCAUACGAUCCUCAGAACCAGCUGAUCAUCAAAGACCCAUAUUAUGGAAGCGAUGAAGACUUUGAAAAGGUGUAUGAACAGUGUCUACGCUGCUGCAAAGCUUUCCUGGAGAAGAACACCUAACAAGAUCCCACCAUGACACAAAUUUACCUAAAUUCACCACAACAUGAAUAAUCAAUAAGCCCUGAUAUAUCUUGGUUGUCACAAAAGCACCGAUUAACAUACCUGUAGUAUGACUGUCAUUGAAAGACCACCAUGACGCUACGCUACAGUGUUGUAAUUGUUGUAUCAGCGACCUUUAAAAAAAGUGCUGCUUCUGCAGGUUUACUUGGUUCAAAAAAGCUGAGCAGUUUAAUUGAAACAUUGUUUAAUUUGAUUAUAAAUUUGCUUAACAUGUGUAAAUGUCUUAUGUAAGGUUUAAUGUAGUUUCAUUAAAGCUUCAAUAAAAAAUGGGUGGGAAAAA